UUUUCCAUUAACUUCUUUUUUAAAUUCAAAUUAACUUUUAAAUUGUGUUUAAUUAGAUUAAAUAUAGGGAUAGUUUUGGGAUUAUGAGAAAAAUUAUACUAUUGAGACAACUUCAUGUUGGUUUUAUACCAAGGGGACAACAACCUUGUUUUUUUGUUCUCUUUUAGCAAUUUUCCCAAUAUUCUUUUACGGUCAAAUUACAGAGGAAAUAUGUAGAAUAAUGCAUAUUUGUAUGCUUUUAAUACGUUAAGAUAGUAUGUUUAUACAUUAUGUUAGUUUUAUUUUAUCAAGCAAUAUUUACAAAUUAGAAAUAUAAACGCAGAACGCAUUGAAAAACUUCUUUGCAUUUUGAUGUUUUGUGAUUACGCACAUGUGAAAGUUUAGAUAUAGUACAUAAUUUUCAAUAUAAUUUUUUUUUUUUUUGUAAACUAAUUUUCAAUAUAAUUUUAAACGCAAUAAAUACUAUUUCUUACGGAUGCAUUUACAGUUUUUGUAAAUAUAUAGUUUUGAAAAAGAAAAAAAACCUCUCAAGUGUAGUAGUUCCAUGCAAAAAUACACAUAAUUUAACAUGCAUACAAAAUGUUGAUGCAAACGGAAAAACUUGAAAAUAGAUUUGGUAAACAAAAAAUUUUUCAACACCACCCCCACCCCCCAAACCCACCAAAAAAAAACCAUCUUCGUCGUAAAUAACAUGACUUUUUGCUAACCGUGUUAAGUCGAGCUCAAGCUAUAACCCGAUAGUCUUACAAACUUUUCGAACACAAAAGAAACUUCUAUUUAGAUUCAGUCAAUACCAUGCGUGCAUCAUCCUUGAAAAUUUCUUCUCCUUUAGGUCCAAAAUUUAAUUACUCUCCUCCUUUACUUUUUAGGGAAAUAACAAUCAACUAUUUCAGCAUUAUUACGUCUUCGUGUGUAGACUUAUAUACAAACCUGAUAAUUUGACUUGGUCAAGUUCGUGACUAGUUUUUUCUUUGGUCCUAAACCCAACAUCCGGACCGGAUCAAUGGGUUAUACCAUCGCUAGUUCUUCUAUAAAUACGCAUUAAACCAAGAACACACUUCAUAAUAAUUUCAUACAUAUCUAACUCGAAAUUCCAGCCUAUGUCCGAAGCUUCUUCUUUGCUAAUUCCUAAAACAAACUCUCCAGUUUCAUCUAAGUUAAUGGCAAACAAAUCCCUCACAGGCCUAGAGAGUCUCAUAAAGCUUCUCCCAACAGGAACGCUAUUCAUCUACCUAUUACUCAACCCUGUCCUCACAAACGACGGUGAAUGUUCCACAGCUAAUAAGGUCAUGUCAAGCAUUCUAGUCGCUCUUUGCAGCUUUUCUUGCGUGUUUUCAUGUUUCACCGAUAGUUUCAAAGGCACCGAUGGAUCAAGAAAGUAUGGCAUAGUCACCAAGACGGGUCUCUGGACUUACGCGGAUCCAGGAUCCGUGGAUUUGUCUAAGUACAAGCUUAGGAUUGCGGAUUUUGUUCAUGCGGUUUUCGUGGUGGCUGUGUUUGGGACUUUGGUGUUGCUUGAUGCUAAUACCGCAAGCUGCUUUUAUCCUCGGUUUAGGGAAACGCAGAAGACUUUGAUCAUGGCUUUGCCUCCGGCUGUGGGCGUUGCCUCGGCUGCUAUCUUCGCUAUAUUUCCGAGUAAACGGAAUGGAAUCGGUUACGCUCCAGUUGGUGAGGAGGAGGAGACCAAGAAGGGUUCUGACUCUGCAUGAGACGUGUUGCUUCUCUUUUUUCUAAAUUGUUGUGAUGUUGGUCAAGAUUUGUUGUAGAAUAUAACUAAAGAAAACGAUUGUGUGCUUAAAACAUUUACUUAGUUCUUUUAACCACUGUAUAGUGUAUGGCAUCUUCUAGUAUGAAUAAAACAUUACCAUAUAAACUAGAGUUCCUUACUUGGGGUGUGUCUAUCUAUAACUUCAUUAGCCAAACUUUAUGAAGACAUAAGAUUUCCUAAUUUCCAUGCAUCUUUUCCGCUUUACUUUGGGUGAAUGUUUAAAUCUACCACGAGAUCGAUCCUUGGUUAUAACUAAAUCGGCUUUACUGUAUAUGGUGAUCAGAAGUACUCUUCGAAGGAGUUAUCAAACAAAAAAAGUACUCUUCGAAGGAACAACAGGUGAUGACUGUUUGUUUGAUUUUUAGAUUUGGAUUUUUAAUUUUUACUUUUUGGUUUUUGAUUUUGUAAUAGAUUUUAGUUCUUCGCAAAAACAAAAACGGUGAUUUUUGUUUUUGACUGUUGAUCUUUGUUUAAAAAAUUAAUAAAAUAUUUCUUUAAAAUUUUUGGUUUUUGAUUUUUCUGUAAUCUUAGUUUUUUAGGAAAACUUGAAUCAUAAUUUUUUUUAGUUUUUAUUUUUUAGAAGUUGAAAUAAAAAUUAAUAAUAAAGUAUUACUUACUAUGAAAACGACAAAUAAUACAAAAUAUUACCACUUAAAUACAUUUAUUUGUUUAAUAAAUUUAUUUAAAAUAAUGCAAACUAAAUAGACAAUUCUACUGAAAUACACUUAUUUAUAUACGUGUAUUGUACUCAGUAUAUAAGCUUGCGAGUUUUGGAUACUUUGUGAAGCACCUAAUUCAUGUGACAUAUAGAUUACUUGAAUUCACGAAUGGCUCCCUACUGCCCCACUAGAGAAGGAGUUUAUUUUUUCUGCCAGCUUUAGUGACUUGUUACAGCUUGAAACAUUAAGAACACUAGGAUCAGCUUGUUCUAGAACACAAAAAACAAUGUUUUCUCGGUCGUAUUAUUUAAUUAUUGAUGCUAAGAACGAAACGGUUAGAAGGUUCUGUUAAACUAGUCUUAUUUUUAAUUAAUCUGUUAGACUAGCUUUUUAGUUCACGACAUCCACCAUCCAUGUUUCAUAUAAAUCUACUACAGAUCCUUAUAAUAGAUAAAAAUAAUUAGAAUGAAUGACUUAAAGGAUAUUAAACUUCAAAAUAUUAAAAUUCACUCUUUAUCGUGGUUCUACUCCAUUGCCAUUCCUUUAGACAUAUUCUAAUCAACCACAAAUUUUUUCCCUAUACUGCCUUCUUUUAAAAUAUAAGGAUGUUUUGGAAUUGUGUGCAUGCAUAUGCAUGUCUUCUAAAUCCGAAACAUCUGUUAAUUAAAUGAUGCUUGUUCACUAAUAGAAUAAAAAGAUUAACACUGUAAGAUAUGUUAUUACUUUGAGUUUCAUCAACAAAAAAUUGAAAAAAAAAAUCGUUAAGAAAACACAGAACAUAUGAUCACAAACAAACAUAAAUAAACAUAUGAACAUAUAAUUCAGCACUCACAAACAUAAGUAACAAAUCACAAGAAAAUAAAUAAACAAAACAUUACAGUGACCAUUCAU